ACCCGGAAAGAUGAAUAUGGGACAUAGCAUAACCCUCUAAUGGCAGGUAAACAUAAAACAACAGUACUACUCAAUUGACGUAGGAAGAACAACAACCAAUGCAUGGAAACAAAACACUAGAGAAUAAUUACCACAACAAUGACGAUGACUCAGUCUGUGUUCAGAACAUCAUCAACUGCACGGACCAAAACCGCGAACCUCACGAGCAUGUUCGGCAAAUACGUGGACAAAACCAGCGUCCAUAGUUGGAACACCGUAAUCGCGGACCUCUCUCGAAGCGGAGAUUCAGUUGAAGCGCUAAGCGCCUUCGCCUCAAUGCGGAAGCUGUCUCUGCACCCGAACCGCUCCACGUUCCCCUGCGCCAUCAAGGCCUGCGCCGCGCUCUCCGACCUCCGUGCCGGCGCCCAGGCCCACCAGCAGGCCUUCGCCUUCGGUUUCGGCCACGACAUCUUCGUCUCCUCCGCGCUCAUCGACAUGUACUCCAAAUGCGCCCGCCUCGACCACGCCUGCCACCUGUUCGACGAAAUUCCCGAACGAAACGUGGUCUCCUGGACGUCCAUCAUUGCCGGUUACGUCCAAAACGACCGCGCUAGGGACGCGGUUCGCAUCUUUAAGGAGCUUCUGGUUGAGGAGAGUGGGAGUCUGGAGUCCGAGGAUGGUGUUUUCGUGGACUCGGUGCUUCUGGGGUGUGUUGUUUCGGCGUGUUCGAAGGUGGGGCGGAGGAGUGUGACCGAAGGUGUUCAUGGGUGGGUGAUCAAGAGGGGGUUUGAGGGGAGUGUUGGGGUUGGGAAUACUUUGAUGGAUGCUUAUGCAAAGUGUGGGGAGAUGGGUGUGGCGAGGAAGGUGUUUGAUGGGAUGGAUGAGAGUGAUGACUAUUCUUGGAACUCUAUGAUUGCUGAGUAUGCGCAGAAUGGUUUGUCUGCUGAGGCUUUCUGUGUUUUUGGUGAGAUGGUGAAGAGUGGCAAGGUCAGAUAUAAUGCAGUGACGUUGUCCGCGGUGUUGUUAGCCUGCGCAAGUUCAGGAGCUUUGCAACUGGGGAAGUGCAUACAUGAUCAGGUUAUAAAGAUGGAUUUGGAAGAUAGUGUGUUUGUAGGUACUUCUAUUGUUGAUAUGUACUGCAAAUGUGGGAGAGUUGAGAUGGCUAGGAAGGCAUUUGAUCGCAUGAAAGUGAAGAAUGUUAAGUCAUGGACUGCUAUGAUUGCUGGUUAUGGAAUGCAUGGCUGUGCAAAAGAGGCUAUGGAAAUCUUCUACAAGAUGAUAAGGUCUGGAGUCAAGCCGAAUUACAUUACUUUUGUGUCGGUUUUAGCUGCUUGCAGCCAUGCUGGUAUGUUAAAAGAAGGCUGGCAUUGGUUUAAUAGAAUGAAAUGUGAAUUUAAUGUAGAACCUGGGAUUGAGCAUUAUUCGUGCAUGGUUGAUCUCCUUGGGCGUGCUGGCUGUCUUAAUGAGGCUUAUGGUUUGAUACAGGAAAUGAAUGUGAAGCCUGAUUUUAUAAUCUGGGGUUCCCUUCUGGGGGCUUGUAGGAUUCACAAGAAUGUGGAACUAGGGGAGAUCUCUGCAAGAAAACUAUUCGAGUUAGAUCCAAGUAAUUGUGGGUACUAUGUGCUACUCUCCAAUAUUUAUGCUGAUGCUGGAAGGUGGGCCGAUGUUGAGAGGAUGAGGAUAUUGAUGAAGAGUCGUGGAUUACUUAAAACCCCUGGAUUUAGUAUAGUGGAACUCAAAGGUCGGAUACAUGUAUUUUUAGUUGGAGACAAAGAGCAUCCUCAACAUGAGAAGAUUUAUGAGUAUUUGGACAAAUUAAAUGUCAAGCUGCAAGAACUUGGGUAUAUGCCAAAUGUGACAUCAGUGCUUCAUGACGUUGAUGAGGAAGAGAAAGGAAUGGUUCUAAGAGUUCAUAGUGAGAAACUAGCUGUUGCCUUUGGAAUCAUGAAUUCAGUUCCUGGAUCAAUAAUCCAAAUCAUAAAAAAUCUUAGAAUUUGUGGUGACUGCCACUCUGCAAUUAAAUUGAUUUCCAAAGCAGUAAAUCGAGAAAUUGUUGUAAGAGAUUCUAAGCGGUUUCAUCAUUUCAAGGAUGGGUUGUGUUCGUGUGGGGACUAUUGGUGACAGAAAUUGAAAUAAAGGGAGUCAGAAUCUAUGGUGUAGGAUAUGCAUUGCUUCUCCAUCAUCAAUGCUUGACAUUGCACAUAACUAGAUAUAACAUCUCUGAAAGUACACAUCUAUCUUCAAAACGCUGAUUAUUUUGUUUUUGCAAUCAUUGGUGGAUCAAAUAGUUCCAGUACGGAUAAUGAAAUAAAUUUCAGCUGGUCUUUCAGAUGGCUUAUUCCCAGUUCGAAUAUACAAUGAUAUACUACUACCAUGAGAGCACUACAGAACUAAGUGCAAAAUGCAAAUAACAUGUAGUAACUGUUUUGACUUGAAUGUAUCACAAAUCAAUUAGAACAUGUAAAAUUGCACCUAUAGUGGCAUGUCAGUACAAGUGCUCAUUUGCUUACUAAAGGACAACAUAUACCAUAGCAAAUUAUUCUAGAACUAUUCGUAAGAGUCUGUUGCUUGUGUAGAAUCCAAGACUCUGAGGAUGUGAAGACUGAAGUCCACAAAAUAUCAUGGAGAGCAACCUCUGAAGAGCUUGCCUAUAGAUCUUUCUGCUGCUCUUGAUAUCUGUGGUUGAUCACAUUCUUACUCAGCAUUUGAGUACCUUAAAGAAAUUUGGAGGGCCUUGUUCUCACACUUCAAAGUUUCCAUCUCUAAUUGAAGCUUUCUGAUGGUUUCUCUAUUUUCAUCAUUUCUUUGGACCAACUCUAACAAUUGAUGCAGAUUGUCCUUCGUAAGUUUGGUAAUUUGAUACUCCAGCGUUGACCACAUAUUGUCAAAUUUGAAAUUGACCAUUGAUGGAUCUUCAUUUCUCUGAUUUUAUUCCGAAUCCUCAAUCUUCUUUAAAACAUUUUCUGUGGUGGAAAAUUUUAUCAUUCUGUCUUCCAUUUGAGUGUCUCCAUUCAAGUUCUGAUUUGAAUUUCAUGCUGCAUAGAUCAGCUGAUAAGAAUUCAUGGCACUCAUCCCCUUGCUGGUUUAAAAGAUCAAUGCCAAGGUUACUACUAUCAAAUUUGAUAUCAGAAUGCUCCACGGAAUAUUUUGGAUGGUGGUUCCAAUCCAGAUGGCGAUUCCAGCACUCCUCAAGUUUUUUAUCCUCCAAGUUACCUGUUGCUCUUCUGUUGCAGAUAGCACAAAUGGUUUCUGAUCUACCAGAAGAUGAUAAAGAUUCUAAAUGAAAGUCACCAUGAGAUGUUUUGAACUUCAGUUGGUUAUAUGCUACGGCUAAUACACGAUAAGAUUGGCCAAAUUCUUCAAGCAUCUGGACGAGGUCUCCUCUCCAUUUGCCAUGCAUGCCUUCUAGGUUUGGAGAAUUGUCACCAUCUCAAAUGGUCACAAUAACAUCCAAUUUCUCAUCCAAAUCUAAAAAUCAAUCAAAAUACAAGUGUUUGUGAGGGAAAACUGCUGCAUAAGUAGCCAAAGACCUUGUGUAGAUUCUAUUAGUGUUUGCUUUAUUUUGAACAACUCCUACAAAUAAGACAGACAUCCCAGAUUUAAAACUGGAAAUUUGGAUGAGGGGUUUCCCUAGGAAGAAGGCUAAGGGAUUUUUAUUUUAAGGGGCCUAAAAUACCUAAUUAAUAAUUAAGAGACCCUCAAUGUCUCUUACUCGCUGA